AUGAAUUAGAAUUGCAAUAUUCCUGAUCAUGAUACAGAUGUUGAAUAUCUUUGUACUAAUGAAUAAUGCAAAGAUUUUAGAUUAUUUUGUUUUAAGUGUUUGUAGAAUGAAAAACACAAGACUCACAUCAAAGAUGUUUAGAAGAUUAAGGAUUUCGGGAGAUAUUACAUAAAUAAAAGCGAUGACAAUUUAAAUGUCGAACUAGAAAAAAUUAUUGAUCAGAUAUAAAGAUUGUUUUUUACAUUAAAGGAAGAAUUAAAAUUUGAUUGCUCGAUAAGUGAGGAAGAGUUAAACAGGUUAAAUUUAUACCAAUUAAAUGAUUUACUAUCUUCUAAGAUAAGGUUUAGAAAAGAGAAGCAAUCUCUCAUAUCAAUGAUUUCAAGGAGCGCAGAACAAAUGAUUGAGACUAUCUAUAUUGGUCUUUAAGAAUUCUCUUAAUAAUAUUUUGAUGGUCCUUCCAAAAAGGUUUAAUUGGAAAUGAAGACAUUAAAGUAUGAGUUGAUUAAUUCAAUAAAGGAUGAAUAAAUUAAUACAUUUGCCUUCAAUUAUAAUAACACUCUGAUGGUAGGAGGAUAUGAGUCGAGCAAAAUAAAGGUCUUUGAAUUUAAGAAGGGAUAAUUAAAGAGGAUUUAAAAGCUGAAUUUUCACAAGAAAAGCAUAUAUUGUCAAUAUUUUAUGAAAAAAUCAAAUGAAUUUUUAUCAGGCAGUUGUGACAAAACAAUUUCUGUUUGCUAUUUAAACGAUGAUUAAAAAUGGGAUAUUAAAUAAAGGUUAGAAGGGCAUUAAGGAGGAAUUAAUUGCUUAUUGAUGAAUAAAAAUGAAGAUCUAUUAAUAUCUAGCAGUGAUGAUAUGCUUAUAAAAUUUUGGGUUAAGGAUUAUGAUUUAUGGGAAUGUUCUUAAACAAUAGGAGGACAUUCUAGUUUUGUCAGUAGUAUAAGUUUAAAUGAAGCAGAAAAUUAAUUAGCCUCUUGUUCUAAAGACAAUUAGAUAUUGAUCCAUUCAUACGAUAACGAUGCAAAAAUUUGGAUUCCGUUUUAAAUAAUACAGAUUAACUAAUGGGGCAGAAGGCUAUGUUUCUUGAGUGACUAAAUCUUUGUAUUUCAACCUGAAAUGAGGGAAUAAAUGCAUAUUUAUUAGUUGGAUAAAGAGAAUAAUAAUUUUGCAAAAUCUAAAGAAGUCUUGGUUGGAGUAGGAAGUGAAAGGAAAAAAAAUAGGGGUUGUUUUUGGUUCUUCCCUAUACAGUAUAUCUAACAAAAAUAGAUAUUAAUAAAUAAAAAUCGAUGUUGUGUUAAUGUAAUCUAGAUAGAUUAAAAUGAUGAGUUUGCAACUAUAUAAUCUAUAGAUUUCUAAACUAAAGUGAUAUUUGGGAAGAUGACAGAUAAUGGAGAAUACUUAAUAACUUGGGAUGAUAGAUCAUGUUCUAUUUAAAUACGAUAAUAUUUGGAUUGA